CAAAAUAAUUUUAAUAAUAAUAAAAAAAGCAAAAAUCUCCCAAAUUUCUAUUCAUAUAAAAUCUGACCAUUUCUUCUCUAACGUUUUAGCAGCAUCGGAAAAGAGAAACUUACACUACUCCGCCAAAAAAACGAUGUCGUUACCGGUAGUUGACACAGAGUACAUGAAGGAGAUAGACAAGGCACGUCGCGAUCUCCGUGCUCUUAUCGCUUACAAGAACUGCGCUCCUAUCAUGCUUCGCUUAGCAUGGCACGAUGCAGGAACCUACGAUAAGCACACAAAAACUGGUGGACCUAACGGCUCUAUAAGGAACGAAGAGGAGUACUCUCAUGGCUCUAACAAUGGCUUGAAAAUUGCUCUUGACUUUUGCGAGGAAGUGAAAGCUAAACAUCCAAGGAUUACUUAUGCGGAUUUAUACCAGCUUGCAGGUGUUGUUGCAGUUGAGGUCACUGGAGGCCCUUCCAUUAACUUUGUUCCUGGCAGAAAGGACUCCAAAAUCUCUCCCAGGGAAGGGAGGCUUCCAGAUGCUAAACAAGAUAUCAAGAAUGCUUUUCUCCAUGGGGAUCUUCAGGAGGAAGUUUAUAUGGAGCAACCGCUUGGCUUUGUUGCUCAGGGGGAGUAUGGGAAAGUUUUCUAUCUUCGCAAGUUUCUAUACGGAUUGAAGCAAAGGCCUCGUGCUUGGUUUGGAAAGUUUAGUCAAGCAGUUGAGAAGUUUGACAUGAAGAAAAGUAAGUUGGACCAUUCUAUUUUCUUCAAGCAUUCUGCUGUAGGUAUCAUUCUGUUAGUUGUGUUUGUGGAUGAUAUUGUCAUUAUUGGGAGUGGCACUACAGAGAUUUCAUCCCUUAAAUAUUUUCUCCACAUUCAGUUUCAUACUAAAUAUUUGGGAAUGUUGAGAUACCUCUUGGGUGUUAAGGUAAUACGAAGUAAGAAGGGAAUAUUUUUAUCUCAAAGGAAAUAUGUACUUGACCUGUUGUCCGAGAUAGGAAAGUUGGGAGCUAAGCCAUGCAAUAUUCCAAUAGUUCCUAAUUUGCAGCUCACAAAUGAUGAUGAGUUAUUUAAAGAUCUUGAGAGAUAUAGAAGAUUGGUUGGGAAGUUGAAUUAUCUUACUGUGACUCUUCCAGAUAUUGCAUAUUCAGUUAGUGUGGUGAGUCAGUACAUGUCCUCUUCAACAGUUAAUCACUGGACAACUGUCGAACAAAUUUUGUGCUACUUAAAAGGAGCACUUGGGCGAGGAAUAUUAUAUGGUAAUCAUGGUUAUAAUAGAAUUGAAUGUUUUUUAGAUACUGACUGGGCGGGUCCAAGGAUGAUUGAAGAUCUACUACAGGCUAUUCUGUAUUUGUUGGAGGGAAUUUGGUUUCAUGGAAAAGUAAGAAGCAAAAUGUUGUCUCACGUUCAAAUGCGGAAUCAGAGUAUAGAGCUAUAGCCAAGUCAAUAUAUGAAAUAAUGUGGAUAUACAUCUUUUACUGAAGUAGGACUUAAAACUUCAGUACCGGCUAAGUUGUUGUGUGAUAACCAAGCUGCUCUUUACAUUGCAUCAAAUCCUGUAUUUCAUGAACGAACUAAGUAUAUUGAGAUUGACUUUUAUUUCGUUCAUGAGAAGAUUCAGUAAGGUUUGAUUUCCACAGGUUAUGUUAAGACAGGAGAACAACUAGGAGAUACUUUCACGAAGGCUCUUAAUGGGAUUCGAGUUUAUUAUCUCUGUAACAAGCUGGACAUGAUUAAUAUUUAUGCUCCAGUUUGAGGGGGAGUGUUAUGAAAGUUGUAUAGGAUUGUAUAUAGUAAUUAGAAGACUAAUUUAAUUAAGAGUCCUAAUUCUACUUAGAUUAGGAUUGUAUAUACUGUGUAUAUAUAUAUAGGUCUAACUCCCUUGAUUAAAAGAAUAUAAGAUUUUCGGAUUGAAUAUAAGAUUUUCGGAUUCUUUACUCACAUUACAAAUUACAUUAUUAAAGGGUCCAAUUAGUAGUCGAAGUACUUGCUGCAUCUCUUCUCUACAAGUUGGUAUACUCCUUCCCCUCCUGUUGUUUCUGGUAAAAGGGCAUGAUAUACUGAGGUUGUUAAUAUGUUUGAUCAAGGAACUUUAAGGAUUCAUUAAUUCAGGCUCAAAGCCUGCUUUACUCUUUUAAUCUUAGUUCAAGAAAUUCAUUCUGUAUUUAUCAUUCAGUUGCCACUUGCUUUACAUUUUGACUAGAAUAUAUCUCUAUAUUGAUCUCAUUUAUCACAGGCUCACAGCUUCAGUUCUAUAUUAUAUAGAUACUUCAGUUUGCUAAGUAUGAUAUUUGUGCUCACAUGUUUCAGGCUUGUUUUGCAGUCUACUGUUUCUAAAUAGGACCACAAUUGCUUAACCUGACCUCAUGUCUGUGUGGGCUUAUGUUGACACCUCUACUGUCAAUGCUUUACCUGAGUCCUCUUGUACUUGUGGAUUCAGAUGAAAAAGAAAGUUUCUUCUUAGUACUUUAAGUCUUGAUUUCUGUAAUGGGUCCCAUCCAGAUUCUGCCGAUAUCGUUGCUUGUUUGUAUAGCAGUUGAAAUCAAGUGACUGAAAUCUGAUGUGCACAGUCAUACUUGAUGCAGGAACUCUGUCUAACCAAACCUCAAGGGCUUAGCUCAAGUCGAGGCUUGGAUUUGGUUAAGUUAAAUACUUGGAACACCUUUAUAUCCUAAUAUGUCCUCCUGUGUGUGUUGGAAAUGUUCUUAAGUUGCUGUGUUGCUCAUUGUUGUCUAGAACUUCAGCGUUUUAUCAUUCUUUUUCUAAAUGGGACAUAGAGCACGCUGAAAUAUCCUGCAACUUGAAUUGUUGUUUAAAGGUCUUAAUGUCCUAUUCACAAAUGUGCAGCUGCAUCAAGAAGUUGCCUAUGGAAUUCUACUUAGGAGAUGGGUAUAGUAGAUUUCUAUUUAAAAUUUCAGGAUUGGUUUCCUAUUAAUAUAGGGAUCUAAGCUUCAAGAAAUACAGACUUUAGUUCAAGCUAAUCAGAGUGAAAGGCAGCAGUUAGGGGUUUGCAAAUUGCACUUUCAAUUGGAUCAACAAUAAACUGCAAUAUCAUCAAAACUUACAUAUUAUUGGAGAUUAUUCAAAAUGUCUGCUAACAUUGCUAACAAAAAUAUUAAUACUAAUAGAUGAGGGGUUCAUAUUAGAUAAGACUGAAAGCAUAUUGGUUGGAACAGUCUCUUGGUCUUACUCUUUGUGAAUUUGCUGUUUCGAAAUAGUCUUAUCAUUGAGAUGGGGUUGUGAAACAAUUUAGAGGUCUAACUUUGUAAUUAAUUUUAUUCAUUUAUAUCUAACACAUCUCAAGAGACUUAAUAUUGUGAGAAAGCAUCAGGUAAAGCAGUAGAAAAUAACAUAAUACUUUGGUGUUUGACUAAUAGGAAACAUAAGAAAAUUCCAACUAUUCCUAGUUUACAGCAUUUAGUCUCUCUCUAUUGUGAUAUUUCUUGCAACCAGAGUUGAGUGGAAGUUUGAGUUUUUCGCUUUUUUCUAGCUGCAUUCCCACUAUUUUCCCUCUUUCAAGAAAGUCAAAUGAUCAAAGCAGUUCAAUCAGUUAAAUGCUUGUUUCCCCUUAGGAUGCUAUAAAUACAAGAUCUAUUUUGGUUUACAGGGCUAUCCCUUGUAUUCCUAGCCUAACUGGAAUUCUUGACUUCAUAAGACAUUAAUAGUCCCUCACACGAGGAUAUAUAUUUAUAUUUAUAUAUUUUAAAUAUUUGGGAAUUGAAUUCUUAUAUAUUGUAAGCAUUAAAUAAGAACUAGUUGUCUACUUCUGCAGCUUCUAUAUUUUAAUUUUCUUUUUUGGAUUUGGCAUUGAAAUUUUUGUUGAUUAUUACUGUACAUAAUAAUUGUAUAACAAUGGUUUGUGGUAUUAAUUUUGUUGAAUCAUGUUAAAGGGAGGAAAAUAAGUAAGAAAUGAGUAUUUUAUAUUAUGUCAUUGACCGAGAAAUAUUAAAAUUGUGUCUCGGAGAGGAAAAUUAAACUAGGUGUUGUUUGAGGAUAGAGAAAAGGCCUCGGAAAGUUAAAUUAGGCAGUGUUCAUUUAUUACUGUGUAUCUGAGGGUUCUUUCAUGCCUACUCCUAAAAUGCAUAUAAACUUUAUAGUUGGUAGGAGUGCUCUUGCAAAUCUGUUCAGUUAUCUCAUACAAUGCAAAUAUUACUACUGCGUUUUGGUAAUUUUCUUUUAAAAGUUACUUUCUAAGGAUUAUUAGUCAGUGUUAUCAAAUAGUUGCCAUACAAUUGCCGGAAUCGAUAUUGUUUAUCCUUCAUAUAAUUUAUCAGUUGAAACUCUUCAGUUGAGUGCAAAGUCAUAGAAAUACAAUGUUGAUCUGUGGCUCCGGAUUUCAGAAAGUAGAUUUCAUGUAUUAAGCAAUUUUAUGCUAAUGCUCUUUUUUUUGUUUCCAUUCUGUAACUUAGUGUUAAUGGAUUCUUAAGAGAAGUACUUCCAUAUCAUGCAUAGUUGUGUAGGCCUGUCUGUAAGCUAUAUGUUUUUGCGUGCAACUAAGCAGGGUCUGAAUUUUA